AUGGCUCGUAUCCCAAGACGUGAAGAUUUUACUCAGGGGAAACUUCAUCAUAUUCCUUCUCUGCACCACACCAGCUGUAAAAACGGCUCUAAAAGAAAUCACCAGGACACAUCUUCAGUUACAUUCAUUAACCCAGGAACUCAUGGGUCAAGUCACCAGGACACAUCUUCAGUUACAUUCAUUAACCAAGGAACUCAUGGGUCAAGUCACCAGGACACAUCUUCAGUUACAUUCAUUAACCAAGGAACUCAUGGGUCAAGUCACCAGGACACAUCUUCAAUUACAUUCAUUAACCAAGGAACUCAUGGGUCAAGUCACCAGGACACAUCUUCAGUUACAUUCAUUAACCAAGGAACUCAUGGGUCAAGUCACCAGGACACAUCUUCAGUUACAUUCAUUAACCAAGGAACUCAUGGGUCAAGUCACCAGGACACAUCUUCAGUUACAUUCAUUAACCAAGGAACUUAUGGGUCAAGUCACCAGGACACACCUUCAGUUACAUUCAUUAACCAAGGAACUCAUGGGUCAAGUCACCAGGACACAUCUUCAGUUACAUUCAGUAACCAAGGAACUCAUGGGUCAAGUCACCAGGACAAAUCUUCAAUUACAUUCAUUAACCCAGGAACUCAUGGGUCAAGUCACCAGGACACAUCUUCAGUUACAUUCAUUAACCAAGGAACUCAUGGGUCAAGUCACCAGGACACAUCUUCAGUUACAUUCAUUAACCCAGGAACUCAUGGGUCAAGUCACCAGGACACAUCUUCAGUUACAUUCAUUAACCAAGGAACUCAUGGGUCAAGUCACCAGGACACAUCUUCAGUUACAUUCAGUAACCAAGGAACUCAUGGGUCAAGUCACCAGGACACAUCUUCAGUUACAUUCAUUAACCAAGGAACUCAUGGGUCAAGUCACCAGGACACAUCUUCAGUUACAUUCAUUAACAAAGGAACUCAUGGGUCAAGUCACCAGGACACAUCUUCAGUUACAUUCAGUAACCAAGGAACUCAUGGGUCAAGUCACCAGGACACAUCUUCAGUUACAUUCAGUAACCAAGGAACUCAUGGGUCAAGUCACCAGGACACAUCUUCAAUUACAUUCAUUAACCCAGGAACUCAUGGGUCAAGUCACCAGGACACAUCUUCAGUUACAUUCAUUAACCAAGGAACUCAUGGGUCAAGUCACCAGGACACAUCUUCAGUUACAUUCAUUAACCAAGGAACUCAUGGGUCAAGUCACCAGGACACAUCUUCAGUUACAUUCAGUAACCAAAGAACUCAUGGGUCAAGUCACCAGGACACACCUUCAAUUACAUUCAUUAACCCAGGAACUCAUGGGUCAAGUCACCAGGACACAUCUUCAGUUACAUUCAUUAACCAAGGAACUCAUGGGUCAAGUCACCAGGACACAUCUUCAGUUACAUUCAUUAACCAAGGAACUCAUGGGUCAAGUCACAAGGACACAUCUUCAGUUACAUUCAUUAACCAAGGAACUCAUGGGUCAAGUCACCAGGACACAUCUUCAGUUACAUUCAUUAACCAAGGAACUCAUGGGUCAAGUCACAAGGACACAUCUUCAGUUACAUUCAUUAACCAAGGAACUCAUGGGUCAAGUCACCAGGACACAUCUUCAGUUACAUUCAUUAACCAAGGAACUCAUGGGUCAAGUCACCAGGACACAUCUUCAGUUACAUUCAUUAACCAAGGAACUCAUGGGUCAAGUCACCAGGACACAUCUUCAGUUACAUUCAGUAACCAAGGAACUCAUGGGUCAAGUCACCAGGACACAUCUUCAGUUACAUUCAGUAACCAAGGAACUCAUGGGUCAAGUCACCAGGACACAUCUUCAGUUACAUUCAUUAACCAAGGAACUCAUGGGUCAAGUCACCAGGACACAUCUUCAGUUACAUUCAGUAACCAAGGAACUCAUGGGUCAAGUCACCAGGACACAUCUUCAGUUACAUUCAGUAACCAAGGAGUUCAUGGGUCAAGUCACCAGGACACACCUUCAGUUACAUUCAUUAACCAAGGAACUCAUGGAUCAAGUCACCAGGACACAUCUUCAGUUACAUUCAGUAACCAAGGAACUCAUGGGUCAAGUCACCAGGACACAUCUUCAGUUACAUUCAUUAACCAAGGAACUCAUGGGUCAAGUCACCAGGACACAUCUUCAAUUACAUUCAUUAACCAAGGAACUCAUUGGUCAAGUCACCAGGACACAUCUUCAGUUACAUUCAUUAACCAAGGAACUCAUGGGUCAAGUCACCAGGACACAUCUUCAGUUACAUUCAGUAACCAAGGAACUCAUGGGUCAAGUCACCAGGACACAUCUUCAGUUACAUUCAGUAACCAAGGAACUCAUGGGUCAAGUCACCAGGACACAUCUUCAGUUACAUUCAUUAACCAAGGAACUCAUGGGUCAAGUCACCAGGACACAUCUUCAGUUACAUUCAUUAACCAAGGAACUCAUGGGUCAAGUCACCAGGGUACAUCUUCAGUUACAUUCAUUAACCAAGGAACUCAUGGGUCAAGUCACCAGGACACAUCUUCAAUUACAUUCAGUAACCAAGGAACUCAUGGGUCAAGUCACCAGGGUACAUCUUCAGUUACAUUCAUUAACCAAGGAACUCAUGGGUCAAGUCACCAGGACACAUCUUCAGUUACAUUCAUUAACCCAGGAACUCAUGGAUCAAGUCACCAUGACACACCUUCAGUUACAUUCAUUAAUUAA